AUGCCAAAGCAAACUGGCCAUAGACCUGUCACAUCGUGUACUUUCUGUCGUCAACACAAGAUCAAGUGUGAUGCCUCGGAAAACUAUCCCAACCCGUGUCAAAGGUGUCAGCGGAUGGGCCUCAAGUGUGAAAUAGAUCCUCAGUUUAGACCCAAAAAGGGCUCACAGAUCCAAUCUUUGAAGAGUGACGUAGACGAGAUCAAGGCUAAGAUCGAAAUGCUUACCCGCAAUGAAUCACUCCUCACUCAGGCAAUUAAUCAACAUAACCUCAACUUCUUGCAGCAGCAACAACAUCAACAACUGCAACCACAUACCACCACACCUGGACCGCAAUCGGUAACCUAUUCAAGCCAGGGCGAAAACACUCCAGUUCACUGGGAACCCUCGCCUACCACGUUUAAUCAUCCCAUAAAUCAUCUUAAUGACUCCUCCCAUAACAAUGUCGGCACCGGCACUACUCAGCUUUCGCAAGUUUUGCAAGAAAAUUCUGAUAACACUCCAUCAUCAGCAAGCACUCCGCACAUCAAGCAGGAAACUGAAUAUGCUCCCAUCCUGAAUUUUGUUUUGGGAGAUGUAUCUGUCCCACUAGAAAAAGCAAAUGAAUUGCACGAUAGAUUUAUUAACAAGUUCUUGAAAUUCCUUCCCAUAAUAAAUUCGAAGUCGGCCACUCAGUUAUACCACAAGUCACAAUUAUUGUUUUGGGCCGUUAUUUCGACAGCAGCCAUAUCAGAACCAGAACCGACUCUCUACAUGUCACUUGCAUCGCUCAUUAAGCAACUUGCCAUCGAGACAUGUUGGAUCAGAACCCCUAGAUCAACCCAUGUCAUUCAGGCAUUGAUCAUCUUGUCAAUAUGGCCUUUGCCAAACGAAAAGGUGUUGGAUGACUGUUCCUAUCGUUUCAUUGGUUUGGCAAAGAACUUAUCUUUGCAGUUAGGUUUGCACAGAGGUGGUGAGUUCAUUCAAGAAUUUAGUAGAACUCAGGUAAGUCUUGGUCCCGAUGCCGAGAAAUGGAGAACUAGAUCCUGGUUGGCUGUAUUCUUCUGUGAACAGUUCUGGUCUUCGGUCUUGGGACUUCCGCCUUCAAUCAACACGACAGACUACUUACUUGAAAAUGCGAGAAUUGAUCUGUCUUUACCAAAAGAUUUCCGUUGUUUAAUCUCGUUGUCUAUCUUCCAGUGCAAAAUGGUUAAUGUCAUGGGUAUCUCUGUCACAAGACCAGACGGUCUUUUGGAACCCCUGAACAGAGCCGGAUCUUUGAACAUUUUGGACAGAGAGUUGGAUAGAUUGAGAUUCAAGUUGAAGAUUGAAGAAGGUUCAGCCGUUGAGGUCUAUUUCUUGUACAUGAAACUUAUGAUCUGCUGUUUUGCAUUCUUACCUGGAACCCCAAUUGAGGACCAAGUCAAGUACGUUAGUUCAGCGUAUUUAUCUGCCACCAGGGUGGUCACUAUUGUGUCGCAAAUGCUCAGUAAUAACACGCUGUUGGUUGAACUACCCAUCUAUGUUAGACAGAGCUUGACGUACUCAGCUUUAAUUUUAUUCAAGUUGCACUUAUCUCGGUACUUGAUUGAAAAAUACGUGGACAGUGCCAGACAGCUGAUUGUCACAGUGCAUCGUCUUUUGAGAAACACCUUAUCGUCGUGGCAAGACUUGAAGAACGAUAUCUCGAGGAAUGCAAAGGUGUUGGAGAACUUGAAUAUUGUGUUAUAUACCUACCCUGAGAUUCUCACCAAUGAACUCAAUGACGAGGUCAAUGGUACAAUCAUAUCUCGGAUGAGAUCACACUUAACCGCGUCAUUGUUUUAUGAUUUGGUUUGGUGUGUUCAUGAGGCGAGAAGAAGAAUAUUGAUGGAUAAAAACAACAGUUCCUCGCCACCACUUGAAGAAACGAAGAUUCCAAAUUCCAAUAGCCAACAUAACAAGACCAACGGAACCAACGGAAAACGGCCAGCACCUUUGCCUUUCUACAACCAGAUUACCAAGGACGACUUUAAGACCAUAACCACCACCAGUCCAAAUGGUACCACCAUCACUACGUUAGUUCCUACCGACCAUGCCAUGAACCAGGCUCGCCUGAAUGCCACAGAGCUAAACAAGCCUUUGGAGAUUAAUGGUAUUCCCUUGGCCAUGCUCGAGGCCACUGGUAGUAUGAAGGACACUAUCAGUGAUGAUGCAAACUCCAAGGCGGACAGGGUGCAGCAAACUGCACACUUGCCAUCCCAACGUUCUACUGAGCCAAAGCCCAAGAUCGAACCUGCUUCCCCCAACUUCAGUCGCCAAAACCUUUUGCAAGCUCCGGAUCUUCCAUCGCAAUCACAUUUGACCCAGGCUUUCGUGGACCAGCAAGCGUUGGAUCCGUUGCCCAGCAACUCCAUGUACAUGGGUAGUGGUUUGCAGUCGCCAUCGAUGGACCAGCCUAUUUACGUGCAAAAUGGCCAUAACAAUGGCGUAGCUGGUCAGUACGAUAACUUCUUCCAGCAACAAUCGAAUGGAUGGUUGAAUAACGAUAAUUACCAAGACGACGACUUUCUCGGAUGGUUUGAUGUAAAUAUGAUUUCGGAAAAGUGA